GAGAACGCGACAAUAUUGCGAGCAGACUCCAUUUCACCGAUCAUGACGACCCCUUCCACCCACCGCGAGCUCCAGACCUUUCCCACGAAGCCUCGCGUGUUCAUCCUGAGCGAUAUCUCAAACGAGCCAGACGAUGCGGAAUCGCUCGUGCGAUACCUGCUCUACGCCAACCAGUUCCGGACCGAAGGCCUGGUGGCCUGCACAUCGAACUGGAUGAAAACGAAGGUCUGUCCGCAAGACAUGCACAAGAUCGUCGACGCCUAUGAAAAGGUCGAGCAGAAUCUCAACGCGCACGCACAUCCAGAUCAUCCGUAUCCCACAGCUCAGUUUCUGCGGUCGCUGAUCAAAAAGGGCCCUGAGUUAACAACCCCGGAAAAGACAUACGGCAUGUCCGCGGUCGGCGACGACAUCGCUCUCAGCGAAGGCGCGGAGUUACUUCUCGAGCGCAUAGAGGACCCCUCCGACCAGCCAUUGUGGAUCCUCUGCUGGGGCGGGACGAACGUGCUGGCGUCAGUUCUGCUGAGAAUCCAGAACACCCGCUCCGCUGGCGACGCCGCACGGUUGCGAUCGAAGCUCCGCAUCUACACGAUCUCGGACCAGGACGACACAGGCGUGUGGAUCCGCCACCGAUACCCUGAGCUCUUCUAUAUUUGCUCUGUCCACGCAUGGUGCCAGUACGGUCUGGCCGCGUGGUCUGGCAUCUCCGGCGAGCGCUGGUACGGCUUUGACCACGGCGGCCCGGACCCGUGUAAAGUCAGCAAGGAGUGGAUCCGUGAGAAUAUUCAGAUCGGGCCCCUCGCAUCGGCAUAUCCAGACUUCAUGUUCAUCCCGGAAGGCGACACCCCGACUUUUCUGUAUAUCAUUCAGAACGGACUCGGGGUCCCCGAGCAUCCCGAGUACGGGUCCUGGGGCGGACGGUACGGUCUGACGGAUGUGAGCGGCAAGGGAGUCGUCAGUGGACAUUUUAGCGAUUGCGCGGACGAAGUGAUCGGGCAUGAUGGACGGAGACAUAAGUCGAACCAGGCGACGGUCUGGCGGUGGCGGGAUGCGUUUCAGAAUGACUUCGCGGCGCGCAUGCAGUGGACGCUUUCUCGUAACCUGGACGCUGCGAACCACCAUCCUGUUGUGGAUGUUAAUGGUAGCACAGGGACAGAGCCGCUUCUAUUCGAGCUGGAAGCUGGCUCCACGCUUCGACUCGAUGCGUCUGCGACGUAUGACCCGGAUCCAGGCGAUGUGUUGACCUUCAGGUGGUACCAAUACGUCGAUCCCAGUGCGACGCAGUGGUCGCCUGAACAUGAGGUUGGGAGUCUCGAUAUCCGGACGCUUGAUUCUACUGGUAGUAUCGUCGAGGUGAAGCUGCCUCCGCCAGAGAAAUGCUGUGUGGAACUCAUCAGUCGGAAACCGUUGCGUCGGGGACAGUUGCUGCAUCUCGUUCUGGAGGUUAAGGAUAAUGGGUCGCCGCCUCUGAUCAGCUAUCGGCGGAUACUCAUUCAGACAACGAACGAGAAACUAUUAGGUGGGGGAAAUGGUGCGGAUGCUAUUGGCGAUGCCAUGUUGGCUGUGGUCUAGGGGGUAUGGAUGAAAGCUUUUAGUUGGCAUAACGAUCCUCAGCGGGCCCCAAUGCCUCUGAGUCCUUUAGCCGCCGUGUUCGACAAAAGGAGUAGUAGUGAUAUCUUCUCCCAG